AUGGAUAUGGAUAUCUUUUAUCCUGAGGGGAGUCAACCUUUGGUGGGAGAUUCAGAGAAACAUCCACAGAUCCGUCACAAGGCUGGAUCCUUUUCACCCCAGCCUCAGCAUCCAGAAACCUUUGAAGAGCUAGAACAGCUUCCCUUUAAGACCCUGGAAGCUGAACUUUCAGCAAGCACACAACAGAGCCCAGCUGCACUUCUAGGAUCUCCCGAGGAAUCAAAACCUCUGGUAGUUCCAGACUCAGAUUUGCUGUCAAGUACCCCUGAAAAGGGUGAUACUGCUUCAGUCCUGCCAGAAACCCUAGUUCAGCCUACAUUGGCUUCCGAGGAGAGAGGAUCUUCAGUGCCUCAGGAGGUGGAAGCUCAGCCUUUAGAGUCAGGACUGGAACUUGGAGCGCGUGAUCAGGAAAACAGAGUGUCACCGAUACCAAAGGAAGUCCAUCUUUCAAAUACAGCUACUGUCACCAUCAAACCUGCCUAUCUGCAGAUUCCCGGAACUCCAAGGGUCCCCAGUGAGGGGGAAACAUCAACCCAGCCAGAAGCCCUAAAUAUCACUCGCACUGCAGAACGCCUUAGGGAAAAGAAACAAUCUCUAGCCCAAGAGGAGGCCCAGUUUGCGGUACUAGAGAGCCCUGACAGUGGCUCUGCCAUACGGCAGGAGACAGUGCCUCAAGCUCCAGACAUCCCUGAGGUGACUGAAUCUUCAGUCCAGCAGAAUCCCCUAGCUCAGCCUCCUGAAUCCCCUAUGGAGUUUGAAGCUCAACCAUUUCUGCAUUCUGAAGAAAAUGUUCCACCUCCAAGUCAGAAUGAAGCUCUAAGCUUCAAUUUACCCCAGGUCACUGCUAAACCUAUGGGUGUGACAUUUCCUUUAUAUACAGAGUUCAAUAAUGAGGUCAGACCAUCAGACCAUCCUGAACAUGUGUCAUCACCAAGUAAGAAUGAAGCUCAGCUCUUAAAUGUUCCCAGUGUGAGGGGAAAACUUGUGGGUAUGACAAUUAACAUGUUUCCAGAGGUCAGUAAGGAGGUUCAACCUGCUCCAGAGCAGCACGAGGUCUCAGCUCAGCCUCCAAGUGAAGUUGACCUUUCAAACUUGCCCCACGUCACUGUAAAACCUGUGAUGGUGACAAUUUCCAUAGCUCCAGAGGUCAUUAAUGGGGUUCAGUCCUCAGUCCAGAAGGAAUCACAGACUCCAGCUUCAGAGCUCUCUUUACCCAAAUCUUCUUUAGCCCACCAGCAGGUCCAAGGUGAAGGUCCACAGCUCUCUGAGACGAUGGACUCUCCAUCAGUCCUGCAGGAGUCCCAGGAUAAAAUGCUAGGGUCCCCUGAGGUGACUCCAUCUUCAUCAUAUGAAACCACUGACCUCACGAAGGUGGGAAAAUCGUCCGUCUUCCAGGAGGCACAGACUCAAGGUCCAGAGCACCCUGGGAAAAGCUUUUCUACUAAGGAGCAAGAAUCUUCCCAGCUGAUAGAGAACCUUCAAGAUUGUGUCACUAAAGCUCAAGGGGAUCUACUCCACCUUCUCUCGAGAACUGGACACCUGUCCACUCUCAAAAUCUCGAAAAUAUAUAGGUUGCUAUCUAAGAGUACAAAGAGGUAUCAUACUCAUCAUAAGAAACCUAACAGUAACAAGUCUGAAACCACUAAAACUGUUUUAUCUUCUGCAACCCAGGAGGACGUCGUCCCUAAGAUUCCUGAGCAUCUUGAGGUAGUCAUUUCUUCAACUCAGCCAGGCACCUCUUCUAAGCGUCCAGACUCUAUAGCGUGGAGUUCUGAAGCUUUCCGAAUUCAGACUCUGGAGAAUCAGAAGGUGACAGUUUCACCAGGUCCCCAUCAUGUGAACACUCGUUCACUCUCAGCUGACAUUUCAGCUCCACCCAGUGUGGGGGUUUUGAAGACAAUACCUUCUCCAACCACACAGAAGAACAAGGUUCAACAUUUUCAUCAGAAUCGGCCUUCUACAAAUCAAUAUUUGACUGUAACUCCAGAACACACGGUGAAGACUAAACCCUCGACAACCCUGACAAGUACCAGUGCUACAGAACAGUCAAAUAUGACACUUAUCACACCGUCUCGGAGUCCUUGUUCAAACCUGAGUGGAGUCACAUUUCCACCUAAAAACAAGGACGUUACUGUAACUAAAGGCAGUUCAGUUAUAUCUCCCACCAUGCAAGAGACUUCAGCUCAGUCUUCAAAGGCCUCCAAGAAAGCUGAGGUGAGAGUUAUAACAAGUACCACUCUGACCACCCCCAGACAGGGAAGGCCUUCAGAACAGCGUCAGCAUCAGCAGAGAGAUCUUGGUAAAUACACAUCUGUACCUUUGUGCUUAGCUCCAGAACCAGAAACAUCAGGAACAGCUCAUUCUUCUCCGACUCAGUCUUCAACUGUGCCUUCUGUACGAUGUAGUUCAGAAAAGGCAAAUGCUGCUCCGACAACCCCCAGUGAGGAAAUGCCUUCAGAACAGCCUCAGCAUCAGCAGACAGAUCUUGGGGAACUCACAUCUCCACCUUUGUACGCUACUCCACAACCAGAAACAUUGACGACACGUCAUUCUUGUCUGAUUCACUCUUCUGCCCAGCCUGCUGUACGACAUGCUUCAGAAAAGGCACACGUAGAUUUCCCUGAGCAACUGGAACAGAAUGUCUCCAUGACCUUUAACAUAUGUGAGCUCUGUACCUGCACAGAUAAGACCCUCUCCUGCUCCGGUCUCAGUCCAGAGAAGAGGCUCCAUAGAGUGCCUGUGCCAGGGCCCAACACCAACACCUUCACCGUCCUAGAUUUCCAAGGAAACUCUAUUUCUUCCAUUGAUGGAAAUACAUGGAAGACAUACCCUUGGGUUGAGAAACUAAUACUCAGUGACAAUUCUUUGGCAGAAUUACGUAAGGAUUCAUUUGAAGCCCUUCCAAACCUCAAGUACUUAGAUUUAUCCUGCAAUAAAAUACAGUUUAUUGAAAGGCGGACAUUUGAAGCAGUACCGUAUUUGCAAUCUGUCAAUCUUAGUUGCAAUUUAAUCACCGAACUGAGCUUUGGAACGUUUCAGUCCUGGCAUGAAAUGCAGUUUUUACACAAAAUAAUUCUCAACCAUAAUCCCCUAACAACUAUUGAAGAUUUUUAUCUUUUUAAAUUGCCAGCAUUAAAAUAUCUAGACAUGGGAGCAACACAAGUGACACUUGCAGCAGUUCAAAACAUCCUCAUGAUGAAUCUUAAGCUAGAAAAACUGAUCUUACCUAACCAUCUAACCUGCUGCCUCUGCCAAUUUAAAAAUAAUAUUGACGUUGUCUACAAGACAGUCAAACUACGUUGUGACAGUGAAUGUCUUACCAGUAGUACACCCUGCGGUGAAGAACAAUACAUCAGUAAUAUGGACGGGGAAUUCAUGAAGGCUUUACAGGCCCGAAAGAAGAGUACCAGCACCGAGCUGACGAUUGAACCAGAGAAGGCCUCAUCCGAGAGAAACAGCCUGUCCUUUUUCCAUCAUGAACAGCUAGACAAUAGUCAUCAGCGUGAUAUGCUUACUAGACUAGAUUCCAUAAUGUCUUUGUUACAGGUUGGGGACAUAGAUGCAGAACCAACAUUGUUAUCCUUCAUUAAGUUUCUUUUUAAAGAUGUGCAAGAUGGAGGAAAUCCUCUGGCUCCUUCGAAAACCAGCACGGCUUGGAUUUCUAUACAGCCCGAAUCCAACAGUGAAAUCUACAAUAAGGUGAAAAAAAUCCAUGUUCUCCAAAGUCUAAUCAACACAGAAAUUCAAGAAAAAGUCCACAAAGUUAGAAAGAAGGAGAAAACUGCCACGCAGGUCCAUUCCAGUCUUUUCGGGCCCAAAUUUAAACGCCAUUUUUUUCCAAAGAAAUUGGAAACUGUCGGGCCACCAAAGAAAAAACACUUAGGAAAUGUUCAGGAGUGGGAGACGCAACCACUGCAAGGGAGCAGCGUGCUCAAGGAUCCCGGGGGCCUGCAGAAGAGUUACUUCAAAGAAGAGGGCACUCCCCUCAGCCAGAGGCGAGGGAAGGCUUGGUCCAUGGCGGGGAACAUUGCCCAAGAAAGACGGCACAGGCAGCUGGCCCCGGAAAGACCGAAAGACUUUAUCUUGGCAGGGAGGCCCAGGAAAUUGGUGGAAAGCUCCUUCAACGAGGAGUCAUCCUUCAUCCAGGAGCACAGGGCGCCGGCCUCCGUGCCCCUGGAACAGCACUCCAUGGGCAGCCCGUCUGCCGCCGCUGCUUUCCAAGUGCCACCGGAGGACGAAAUCCCAUCCAAAGACCUGAAAAGAACUCUACGCGUCUUAGAGGAUGCGGGCGCUCGAGUUCGGAACAUGAAGGUUCCCAGCCCCGGGCCACUCCCCGGGAAGAACUACCUGUUUCGUAAACUUGACUCUCAGCUGGGCCGCAGAAUACCCCAGGCCAGAGUGAACACAGCGACAAAAGAAGCAGCACCGCAGAGGCCGGUGCUGGCCAGGAGGCCUCCUUUCGGUGCAGUGAAGCGCCUCGUCAACUCCCCGCCGAGGGGGGCGUCUCUGUCCUGGAGGCACCAGAACAAACCUGUCAUGGAGCCAUUCCUUUCAUUGCGCUCCAGCCGGGAAAAGAAGACCGCGGAGAGCACGCGUGCUCCAAACGGGGGGGAUGCCAGAAGCAUCGUGCCGCCAGAGAAAACUGCCGGUAUCCAAAGCACUGCCCCUGAGGAGGAAGAGGGGACGGAGGACAGCCUCAUGCCGGCUGUCAGACAGCCCAACGAGAUGCAGUGGGAAUAUCAGAAGGUGGCCACCGACAUCGACUCCCCCCCACAGAAACCCGACCCCAGAGACGAACUUGAGAUGCAGCUCAUCCAGAAGUUGCGGCCCCUUAUCCCCAACAGUAAUGUGAGGAAGUUCAUUGCCCAAGUAAUUCGGACUCUGAAAAUGGACUGCUCCGAUCCCCGGGUGCAACUGGAGUGUGCCAAGGUGGUCCACAAAACCGGGCUCCUGAUGAAGCUUCUUAGUGAGCGGCAGGACGUAAAGGUGUCCAGUGAAGAAUGGGAUACGGACCAGCGGGAGGCUGAGAACUACAUCAGUGAGAAUACCGAAGGCCAGGGUGAUCAGAAACAGCCGGAGGCAAGUGAGCUCAUAAAAGUUCCAGGAUAUGUUGUGUACCACAAUCAAAAAGCAGUCGUUGCGAUAAAUGUGGCUGUCGUCGUGAUAAUAUUGGUUUUAAUUUUAUGUCUCAUUGAGAUUUAUUCUUGUAGAGCAAGACAGAGUAAAGAUGGAAGAUCCAGGGAGCCCAGGGAAGCCAUGAAGAGAGCAGCACGGACUCCUGAGGAGAAAGCAGCCAAGGAGACCAAGACAGCCAAGACUCCCAAGACCCAGGGAGCACAGGGGACACAGGCACCACAGCGCCCCCCAUCACCAAUUGUCCCCCUGGCACGACAGAGCAGCGAGCCUCCACAUGGCUCCCUAGAACCACAGAACGCAGAGUCACCACACUCCAUCGGGUCUUCACAGCCCGUCGCAGCACGACAGUCCGUCAAGGCUCUGCAGACCCCUCAUGUGCAGCAGAUCUUCAGAUCCCAGGAGAUCCUGUCAUCCCCGGAGAUUUCAGAUCAAUCGGAUGAGUAACAAAAGGAGUCAUCACAGGCAGCCGUGGUGUUAGAGGCCCUACAGUGAACACCUCCUGCUUCAUACCACCUGGACAUUUUAUUGUCUGAAGAGCCUCUUGGCAGCUGCUGUAAAAUUCUUCUUUUUCGUAUGUUAAAUACAUACAUGCAUAAGA